AUGGUGAUGAAUGGGGAUGGUGGUGGUUCUCGCGACGACGAAGGGGGUGGAGGUGGUGAGUUUGGGGAUGGUGAUGUCCAUAUUGUUGGCGGCGACGGGUUGGUGGUGGAUCUCGUGGCGACGAUGGUGGUGGUUUUUUUGGUGUGUUUGGCGGUGGUGAUGGAUCUGAUUCAUGCUUCUUUUCCAAUUGAAAUCAGGGUCCAGGCCUUAAUAUUGUCACCUACAAGGGAGCUGGCUGCUCAAACAGAGAAAGUAAUAUUGGCCAUUGGUGACUAUAUAAACAUUCAGGCUCAUGCAUGCAUUGGAGGCAAAAGUGUGGGUGAGGAUAUUAGGAAACUGGAGCACGGAGUUCAUGUUGUCUCAGGGACCCCAGGCAGAGUUUGUGAUAUGAUCAAGAGGAGAACUCUAAGAACUAGAUCCAUCAAAUUAUUAAUUCUUGAUGAAUCUGAUGAAAUGUUGAGCCGUGGAUUCAAGGAUCAGAUCUAUGAUGUCUACAGAUAUCUUCCACCAGAGCUUCAGGUUGUCUUGAUUUCUGCCACUCUUCCUAACGAGAUCCUAGAGAUUACAAGCAAAUUCAUGACAGAUCCUGUCCGCAUCCUUGUAAAACGUGAUGAAUUGACCCUAGAGGGCAUUAAGCAAUUCUUUGUGGCAGUAGAAAGAGAAGAAUGGAAAUUUGAUACUCUAUGUGAUCUGUAUGAUACCCUUACCAUCACUCAGGCUGUAAUCUUUUGCAACACAAAGCGAAAGGUGGAUUGGCUGACAGCAAAAAUGCGUGAGAAUAACUUUACUGUCUCGUCCAUGCAUGGAGACAUGCCACAGAAAGAAAGGGAUGCAAUUAUGGCAGAGUUUAGGUCUGGUCAAACUCGGGUUCUUAUAACCACAGAUGUUUGGGCUAGGGGGCUGGAUGUUCAACAGGUUUCCUUGGUGAUCAAUUAUGACCUUCCUAACAAUCGAGAGCUUUACAUUCACCGCAUUGGACGAUCUGGCCGUUUUGGAAGAAAGGGUGUUGCAAUUAACUUUGUUAAAAGCGAUGACAUCAAAAUCUUACGAGAUAUAGAGCAGUACUACAGUACCCAGAUCGAUGAAAUGCCUAUGAAUGUGGCGGAUCUAAUUUAAUCUUGGACUCCCAGGGCAAUAGAGGAGAUAAAGUUUCAAUUUGACAAAGAAGAUGUGCUUGCUACUUGUGAAUUUUGCCUUUGGUUAACUAUCGUCUUUGGAAUUUGUCGAUGAAAAUGAACUCUUGGAUUGAUUUCUAGUUUUUAGCUUUCAGUGAUUUUUUUAUUUUACGUGAAAUCAUUUUAGUUAAUUCAUGUAAUGUUUAUCUUGGUCUUGAUUUUUAGUGUGCCUGUGGAAUUUUGCUGGCUUGAAUUUAUGCAUUUUCGAGAGUACCUUCAUGUC